AUGCCCAACCCCAGGCCAGCCAAGCCCUUGGCCCCUUCCUUGGUACUCAGCCCAUCCCCAGGAGCCUCGCCCAGCUGGAGGGCUGCACCCAAGGCCUCAGACCAGCUGGGAGCCAAGGGCCCGGGGACAACCUUCCAGGGCCGGGACCUCCGAGGUGGGGCUCACGCCUCCUCUUCCUCCUUGAACCCCAUGCCACCAUCGCAGCUGCAGCUGCCCACAGUGCCCCUCGUCAUGGUGGCACCCUCUGGAGCACGGCUGGGUCCCUCGCCCCACUUGCAGGCACUCCUCCAGGACAGGCCACACUUUGUGCACCAGCUCUCAACGGUGGAUGCCCAUGCCCGGACCCCUGUGCUGCAGGUGCGCCCACUGGACAGCCCAGCUAUGAUCAGCCUCCCGCCACCCACUGCUGCUACGGGGGUCUUCUCCCUCAAGGCCCGGCCUGGCCUGCCACCUGGGAUCAACGUGGCCAGCCUGGAAUGGGUGUCCAGGGAGCCAGCUCUGCUCUGCACCUUCCCAAGCCCCGGUGUGCCCAGGAAGGACAGCACCCUUUCAACCAUGCCCCAGGGCAACUACUCACUGCUAGCAAAUGGUGUCUGCAAGUGGCCCGGAUGUGAGAAGGUCUUCGAGGAGCCAGAGGACUUCCUCAAGCACUGCCAGGCAGACCAUCUCCUGGAUGAGAAGGGCAGGGCGCAGUGUCUCCUCCAGAGGGAGGUGGUGCAGUCUCUGGAGCAACAGCUGGUGCUGGAGAAGGAGAAGCUGGGUGCUAUGCAAGCCCACCUGGCUGGGAAGAUGGCCCCCACCAAGGCUCCAUCCACGGCAUCAUCCGACAAGGGCUCCUGCUGUAUCGUAGCCACUGGCACCCCGGGCACCACUGUCCCGGCCUGGCCGGGUCCCCAAGAGGCCCCUGAAGGCCUGUUUGCUGUGCGGAGGCACCUCUGGGGCAGCCAUGCCAACAGCACGAUCCCAGAGUUCUUCCACAACAUGGACUACUUCAAGUUCCACAACAUGCGGCCCCCUUUCACCUAUGCCACCCUCAUCCGCUGGGCCAUCCUGGAGGCUCCCGAGAAGCAGCGGACACUCAACGAGAUCUAUCACUGGUUCACACGCAUGUUCGCCUUCUUCAGAAACCACCCUGCCACCUGGAAGAACGCCAUCCGCCACAACCUGAGCCUGCACAAGUGCUUCGUGCGUGUGGAGAGCGAGAAGGGGGCCGUGUGGACCGUGGAUGAGUUUGAGUUCCGCAAGAAGAGGAGCCAGAGGCCCAGCAGGUGUUCCAACCCCACACCCGGCUCCUGA